AAGAUCAUGCAGGAUGAGAUAACGACGUGGUUGGACGACGAGUGGAUCCCAAGGCAAAUUCACAGAGACAUCGCUAUCAGGGCUUCGAACACGAUCAAGGAAUCGUGGAUGCGUGAGGAUAAGGAGAUUACCUCCAUCCUGUUCAACGUUGCCAACGACUUGAGCACUUUCGAUAUGAGGGAAUCGGAUGUUAAUGCCUGGGACAUCGCCAACAAGGCGUCGGAUCUGAUGCUGCAGAGCAUGGGG